AUGACCGAUAACGAACUGGCUUCUGUCCCACCGCAAGUGCCUCCUACAGAAGGUGCUGCAACUUUGCAGGGUCUCGAGGACAAGCGGACAUCGAGCAGUGCAUCAGGUGAAGCGGCCACAGAUAAUCUGUUGGACGUCGACUUGGACUCUCCGACCCCUGCUGUGGCGUCGACCACUUCCAUCACAGAGGAAUUGCGACAAUUGUCCCUGUCGCCUGUUCCAGCGGCAUCUUCACCUAUUCAACCACCUGCAACAUCUACCAGUCCCCGGCCUGCGACAGAUGUGUCGCUUGAUCCACGGAUCGCAGCGUUGCGCGCCAUGUUCCCUGAUUACGAUGACCUAAUAUUGCAAUCGGUACUAGAAUCCGUUAACGGAAGUCAAGAUGCAGCUAUAGACGCUCUAUUGGGCAUGAGCGACCCCGAAUACACAAGUGACACACGGCAUCAAGAACCUGUUCUCACACAAACUGAUCUAGAUGAGCAACUUGCCCGUCGGCUGAUGCUUGAAGAGCAGGAGGCCCAACAGCAACAAUGGGCAGCGCAGCCGCCACAGCCUGCUACCCCGCAGCGUCGCAAUACCCGCCCUUAUGAGGUUUACCAACAGCAAUACCAUCAACAAGGCGCUCUGCCACCUGCUGGAGAGAGAGAUACAAUGGCAGAAUUCCAAGAGCAAAUUAACAAGAUAGCCGAGACUGGAAAGAAGACAUUCGGGAAUAUCUUCUCAAAGGUCAAAGCUAAGAUCCAAGAGUAUGACCAGGGCAGACCUGUUCAAAGCUCAGCUGGAGGGUACAACCCAAACCAGCAGCAGCAACAGCCUUACUACGGUCAGGCUGAGCCAAUGGCCACGCAGUCGCGGCCGCAGCAACCCGCGUACUACGAUCCCAACCCGCCGAUGUCUCCACCCACAAGUUCAAUCACUCCACCAGCAGCGGCUAUUCACGGCUAUGACGUGACCCCACCGCCUGCGACUACUUUUGCGCCUCCAUCGGGGUCUCCCCCACCCGCUUCGACAAGCAGAGGAAGCAAUGACGUACCUCGUCCGCCUCAAACGGGCACGGGCAUGCCCAUUGAUGCUGGCAAAUUGGGAUUGUUGCCCAAGCGACCCGUUUCGUUGUUGCCUGACCCUGCCGCUGCCCCAGCUCAUGUCCAGCAACCGACUGAUGAUGACGAUGGUUUAGAAUAUGUUGAGAACCCUUUUGAGGACCCAAGGAAAUAG